CGGAGGAAGAGAUUAGCAGGGAGGGAGAGAUUAUGCAAUUUUCUCAUCGUGUCAUCGAAGUCCAAUUGAAUACAUUGUUCGAUACGUUAUCGAUUUAACCUUAACGUAAUCAUUAUCAGUCGUUAACCUACUCUCUUUCGCACAUGGUGCUCAUUAACAUGAACUCAGUUGUCGCAGAUUUUGUUGUGAAACUUUGUAUUUUUUUCGCGGACUGACGGAUAUGGCAGACUUAAAACCAGAUGAUGAAUUGGACUGGGUGAAAAUACAUGAAGAUCUGGAUAGCACUUAUACUACCGAGAGUACCGAGACGUUUUUGCAGAAGGCGAAACGUAAAACGCUAGAGAAUCCUCUGGUACCGAUAGGAGCAUUCGCGACUAUUACAGCCCUAAGUAUUGGAAUCUUCAACUUUUAUAAGGGAAAUGCAGAAAUGCAACAGUACAUGAUGCGUGCUCGUGUUGGUGCUCAAGCAUUUACUAUCGUUUGCAUGGUCGCAGGAUUUAUCCUGCUUCCCAAGUCAAAAUAAAAUUGAUGUUGAUUUAUGAAUCAACAUCAAGUUUCUACUGUAAUAUUAGGCUUGUUCUUGUCAUAUUGGGUAUGAUAUACCUAAUAUGAAUAUCCCUUAUGUAAUUUAGGA